CAGCAACUAUUGCAUCGAAAGAGAAUUGCGGAUAGAUUAAACGGAGGAGAGGAGCAUCUGUCUAUAGGAGCAGACGAACAGUUCCUCAUUGGUUCAAACCAGCUAGCCUACACAAUGCCUUUAGGAGAGGAUGAAAAUGGAUGGAAAAAGAAGACAGCGGAUAUCAAGGAAAAUUACGAUUUCAAGGAGGUCUUGGGGACGGGGGCGUUCUCUGAGGUGUUCCUGGCUGAGGAGAAAAAGACCCAAAGGCUAGUGGCCAUUAAAUGCAUCCCAAAGAAAGCUUUGGAAGGAAAGGAGCACAGCAUUGAGAAUGAGAUUGUUGUGCUACAUAGAAUAAAACACGAGAAUAUUGUUUCAUUGGAAGACAUAUUCGAGAGCCAGUCACAUUUGUACCUGGUCAUGCAGCUGGUAUCAGGGGGAGAGCUGUUUGACCGGAUCGUUGAAAAGGGCUUCUACACAGAGAGAGAUGCCAGCAAGCUUAUUCGUCAAAUUUUAGAUGCAGUGAAAUAUUUACAUGAUAUGGGCAUUGUGCACAGAGACCUGAAGCCAGAGAAUCUGUUAUACUAUAGUAUGGAGGAGGACUCCAAUAUCAUGAUCAGUGACUUUGGCCUGUCUAAGAUCGAGGACUCAGGGAGUGUGAUGUCAACGGCCUGUGGAACGCCAGGAUACGUAGCUCCUGAGGUCUUGGCUCAGAAACCAUACAGUAAAGCUGUGGACUGUUGGUCUAUAGGAGUGAUUUCCUAUAUUCUCUUAUGUGGCUAUCCUCCAUUUUAUGACGAAAACGACGCCAAACUGUUUGAACAGAUUCUAAAAGCAGAGUAUGAGUUUGAUUCUCCAUACUGGGACGACAUCUCUGACUCAGCCAAGGAUUUCAUCGGCCACUUGAUGGAGAAAGACCCAUCUGGGAGAUACACAUGUGAGCAGGCUUUACAGCACCCAUGGAUUUCUGGAGAUACGGCUCUGGAUAAGAACAUUCAUGAGUCUGUCAGCGCUCAGAUCAAGAAGAACUUUGCCAAAAGUAAAUGGAAGCAAGCAUUUAAUGCAACAGCAGUGGUCAGACACAUGCGGAGACUGCAGCUGAGCACCAGCCUUGAGGGGCCGAGCCAAAUUACCACCACCGGCCCCUACCACAGACACCUGCUCCUCCCUGCCAAAGAGCUCGACAAUGAGGAGGAAGAGGAGGAGGAAGAGCAAAGCAGUUCUCCCAGUUCAGAUGGGCGAAGAGGCAGUGCGGACCGGGAUAGUCUUAGAAGCUGUGCUUACUGCUGUCGACCAACCAGCAGGAUCUGAAGUAGAACUCUGAGCCUAGCACAACGCAGAAGCCACACAUGCACCCCUACCACACCAGUCUAAUCCGGAACACAGAGCUUUCCUGGUAGCAUGCGCUAGAUGGAGCUAGUGCUGAUGGUGGAAAGCUCACAUUUGAAAGGAAAAGACAUUGGGUAUAUCAUUGACAGAUAAGUAACUCCUCUAUGGCCAUGUACACAAUGCAAAGUUUUGGGAGUGACAACCACAAUUGCGGGAGUGAAUCCCGCAAGAGAGGAGACAGAAUGGUUGACAUAGUGAUAACCAUAGCAGUUUUGUCAUCUCACAUCUAUAAAUAAGGCCACGUCCACACUAAUCUGUUUCAAACUGUUUAAAUAAUUUUUUAAACAGAAGCACUGUUUUAUUUGUUUUAUAAAGACCCUAUGAAUUCAAAAUUAGAGUUUUGCAGUUUUAAGUCAAUGUCUGUUUGCUUUGAGGUCAUCAAUAUGCUAGUUGACAAAAUUAGCUUUUAGCAGAUAUACACAUUUAAAAUGUACAGUUUUUCUUUUCUGGGAAAAUAGACCAAAAAUAUUAAUAUAUCAUCUUGCACUCCACAGAUUUUUGUCCAAUCAAAUGUUCUCCAGAAUGAGGAUGUUCCUCCCCCUAAUAUCACGUGCUAUUAACUAUCAAGUAACAAGUCAUGGCACAUGGUUGUGAUGUAAUUAAAGCCUAUUCGCUAUUUUAAAAAAAUGGGAUGAGCCUUUUGAUAUUCCCCCACCCAAACUUCCUGUUUCAAUAGAAAACAUGUCAACACAGGAAAGAAAAAUCAGAUUAUUUUGGGAGGGAACACGAUUUUUGUAGCUGUCAUUCCAGAAAAAAUUACCAAAAUCUGUGUGUACAAAAGAGAAUUUAAAGGAAUAUUCCGGGUUCAGUACAAGUUAAGCUCAAUCGACAGCAUUUGUGGCAUAAUAUUGAUUAUCACAUAAAAUAAUUUUGACUUGCCUUUUCUUUAAAAAAAAAAAGUGCACAUACAAUGGAAGUGAAUGGGGCCAAUCCGUUAACAUUAAAAUACUCACUGUUUUAAAAGUUUAGCCAGAAGAUAUACAAAAUAUGCAUAAUAACAUGAUUUUAGUGUGAUAAAAUCGCUUAGUACAUAUUUCUGUGAAAGGGUAUAACCAAUUUACAACUUCGGUUCCAUUGACGAUGUAAUUUCAACAAACCCUUAAACUCUAAAACGACUGUAAAAAAUAUUUAAACAACUUUAUAGCUCAGAUAAUACAUGUGUUUUAAAGUAAGUGCUUUUAAUAAAUUUUAAGGUUCACAUUUCUGCCUUUAAACACUCAAAAAAGGGCCCCAUUUGAUUUCAUUGUAAGUACCCCACUGUAAGUUACAUUUUUGCUUUUUUUUUUAAGAAUGCUGCUGAUUACUCUUAACUUGUAUUGAACCUGGAAUAUUCUUUUAAGCACUCAGAAGAAGAGUGAGUGACAACAGAAUUUAGCUGCAAUGUGUACGUGGCCUAUUUCAACCAUAAUUUAUUUUGUCUGAAUAAUAUUUCUGUACCCCAACCAAAGACAGUUAAAACUGUGUUUAUUUAAGUUGUAUAUUUAUUUUCAUUUUCAUUUUCAUUAUUAUAAUUAUUUUAAGAGUUAUUGAUAUUCAGGUCCGUUCCCCGUAGCAAAUUAGUUAUAUACAAUAAUGUAUUAUUUUUAAUGUCUUAAUAUAAAUAAGCACCACUUGUAUGAAGACUUGUUCAGGCUUUCAGGCUAAAUUCAUGGCAAUGAAAGGUAUAGUCAUUUUAUCUUUCUAAGACUGAUUGAUGACAUUUUCUAGCCUUAAUUCAUUGUGUUGUUUGUUUUGUAAGGUUUGUUAGAUAUAGUUGUCUGUAUCCUUGAUUCUGUGCUCUGGUUCAGACUGGCUUUCUUUAGUGCAAAUCAGUGGGGACAAAGUUUUGGGAAUGAGUGUGUUGGAGUCAGAGUUUUGUUAUUAUUGCUCAAACUGAGAUCCUAUAAUCUUGUUUUGUGAGUAAACCUGUAAAUGACAUGGACAUCUGGACAGAACAGGGGUUAAUCGGCCACUGGGUUAAGAGAUUUGAACUACAGUCCAGGUAAAUUUUUACACCCAGAUUAAAUGCAAUUCUAAACCUGGAUAAACUCCAUUUUUAAUAAAGAUUUCAUCUCAGUCUAGUAUUAGACUUUGUGGGGCAAAAGCAAUCCUACUGGGAGUAGGGAAGAGACUGUAGCUCUGUUACAAAACCUAGCUGCCUACAUUUUAAUUUGCUCCAGAAGGUAUGCAGCAACAUGAUGCUGUUCACACCGAAGGCAUAAAUUAAUAUCAGUUUUCCCAGAGGGGGUGGGGGGUGGUUGAAAUAUUUUGUGAUUGGAUGCAUGUUGUGUGAGCUGAUUGGUUGAUUGGUUACAGUUCUUAUAUUUGGUUCACUGCCCAUAAUCUGUACUUUUCUCUUGUGCAGAAGAUGUCUAAUGUUUGCAUGACCUCGUAAAUAUGUUUACAAGAGCGAUGAUCAAAAUAUAAAACAUAGAUAUACUUAUUAAUAUCAUUACCACUAUGCUAAUUGCAAACAGAAAGACAGAAACUAUUGCUGUCAUAUGUCAAUGCAUAUACUUUGGUACUUGACUGAAUCUGUAUCUUCUUUGGUUUUUUUCUUUGCGAAAUAUAUGUUAUAUUUUAAAACAAAAAAUUUAAUUUUAGAUUAUCGUAAGGACUAAGUGCUGGCCUUACUCUCAAAACUGGAACAAUGCAAGAACAUGUGUCACCUUGUUCAUCAGUAUAUCAUAUCAGUGCCAAUGAGAGCACAUGACUUACUUGAACCCAUCAAUUCUAAAAAUGAUGAAUAUUUUGCUAUUUCACCCCUAAAAGUUUUCCCACUUAAACUUGUUUUCAUACAGUUAUACGAUAAAUUGAAACUCCAUCCUUCUAAUUUAAAGGUGCACUCAGUAACUUUUGUCUUUGUGUCAUCUUAGACUUACACUGACACCUUGCGGCUUGGCUGCAGCAUAAUUUAAAAUCAAUAGUUUUCAGUUUCAGAUGCCAUUGUAGAAAUGGCCAUGUGAUUCUAAUAUGGCAGCCCCCAUGCGUGGACCCUCACCAUGUAGAAUAAACUGAUUUUAAAAGGUUACUGAUAUGACUGGAGUCUUCAUUUUAAUGUGAGUGGUCAUGAUUUCCUACUUAUAUUGCAAAAUUACAACUCAUGUCUUUAGGAGUUCUUUAGGAUAACUUUUUUAAUGAAUUACUGAGUGCACCUGUAACUGUAUCAUGUAUUUGUUCAACUAAUUGUUGGAAUUGUGUCAUUGUUAUUAAAAUGUUUAUAAACAGUGUUGGGUAAGUUACUCAAAAUAAGUAAUCCACUACAAAUUACUAAUGACUUAUCUAAAAAUGUAAUCAGAUUGCUUUACUGAAUACUUCAUAUAAAAGUAAUCACAUUACUAAUUAUUUUACUUUUAAGUUACUUUCUAAAUCACUUUUCCUAGAAAAGGUUUUCCGCUCAAAUUCUAUAUUUCGUCACACACCCUUCAGCUGUCGCAGAAAAGCUAACAGAUAUACAUGUGAAUUAAUGUUUUAUAUGUAUUACACAUACUUCUUGAGCACAAGUAAUGUACUCAAAAUUAAUUACUUCAAUUGAAAGACAGUAACUGUAAUCUGAUUACAGUUACUUCAAUUGAAAGACAGUAACUGUAAUCUGAUUACAAUAAUUUAACAUUUAAUGCAUUACACUACCUUUUUACUUAAAAGUAAUUUGAUUACAGUAAUUAAUUACAUUGUAACCAGAUACACCCAACACUGUGUAUAUAUAUAAAUUAUAUAUAUUUCAAUAUUUAAUUUAGCACUGCUUCAAGUGAAAUAAUCAAUUAAAUAAUUAAACAAAUAGAACAGUCAAUUGAGCAGUUCAACAAUCAGUUGAAAGUUUAAUUAUGCAAACUAAAUAUAAUAUUUUUUGGCUUUGAUCAUUAUUAUUAAGUUUUUCAUUGUUAAUUCCUCACCUGUGCGAAUAUGACAUUUCAUUUGGUUUCACAAUGAAGUAUGCACAAUUUUCCAUUUCAGAAGGGAGGGGGGACAAAAAUACAGUAUGUGUAUAAUACAUGAUUAUGAGGUAUACAUAUAUUGUAUAUCUUUUUUGUAAAAGCUACAAAGGUAUGGAUGCAAUGCAUCAUGUAUUAUCGACGGAAUUGCAAAGAGCCAAUGAUUUGUACCCGUAAAGAUAUACAGGUAGUAGCACGUUAUAAAUAAACACUCCUUGUCUAUGCAUUGUGUGUUCAGUGAUAUCAUUGUGUACAGUGCAAAUAAAGUUCACAUUGAAGUGCUAUGCAAAGGCAGACUGUGGUUGGUAAUUUAG